CGCUCGCGGGGAUGAAGUGACCGACCGCACUCAGGAGGGAAGCCACAAGACAUUUCUCGCGAGAACAAGAUCCCUAUUUGAGCGCAUGCGCGAAUUAAAUUAGUCCCUUUUCCGGCUUUUGCGGCGUAAGGAGUCAUGAGCAGCAAAGUCUCCCGCGACACCCUCUACGAGGCCGUGCGGGAAGUCCUGCACGGGAACCAGCGCAAGCGCCGGAAGUUUUUGGAGACGGUGGAGUUGCAGAUCAGCUUGAAGAACUAUGAUCCCCAGAAGGACAAACGCUUCUCGGGCACCGUCAGGCUUAAGUCCACUCCCCGUCCCAAGUUCUCCGUGUGUGUUCUGGGGGACCAGCAGCACUGCGAUGAGGCCAAGGCCGUGGACAUCCCCCACAUGGACAUCGAGGCGCUGAAGAAACUCAACAAGAAUAAGAAACUGGUCAAGAAGCUGGCCAAGAAGUAUGAUGCCUUUUUGGCUUCAGAGUCUCUGAUCAAGCAGAUCCCACGAAUCCUGGGCCCAGGCCUGAAUAAGGCUGGCAAGUUCCCUUCCUUGUUGACCCACAAUGAGAACAUGGUGGCCAAAGUUGAUGAAGUCAAAUCCACAAUUAAGUUCCAGAUGAAGAAGGUGCUGUGUCUGGCAGUGGCUGUCGGCCACGUGAAGAUGACAGAUGAUGAGCUUGUGUACAACAUCCACUUAGCUGUCAAUUUCCUGGUGUCACUACUCAAAAAGAACUGGCAGAACGUCCGGGCUUUGUACAUCAAGAGCACCAUGGGCAAGCCCCAGCGCCUGUACUAAAGCACAGCUUAAUAAACCAUACUGCUACCAUUAA